GUCCACAGGAAGAUCAAGUUCAGAACGGGACCAGGGUGGAAUACGACUGCUCAAAACAAAACUGUCCUUGAACGGUUUGCUUUCACUCUUCCUCCUGUUUACUGGAAGCUUCAUUGGAACAGGAUAGACUUUGAUUUAUUUUCAUCUGGCCAUGUUGGCCAUCUCAAAACAAUUUUUAUUUAAUUAUUAUUAUAUGAUUUUAGGAAAAUUUCAUUUUUUUGAGGAUUACAAACAGUGCGUACGUUAAAAAGAUUACAUACAUCAGACACCUUUGAUUACGGCUGCUGUGAUCAUGUCUGCAGACAUGAACGAAGAGGCACCACUACUGAAGAGAAGAUUAACAGCAUCUGAAUCCAAGAUCCAUAACUCCAAACUCUUCCUGGCUGUUUUCUCGGCUGUCCUGGGGAACUUCAGCUUCGGUUACUCCAUGGUCUUCUCGUCCCCCGUCCUGCCAAAGCUCAAGAGCCCAGAUGCCGACCCCAGACUCAGGAUGGACACAGAGCAGGCUGCCUGGUUCGGCUCCAUCUACACACUGGGAGCAGCGGCCGGCGGACUGGGGGCCAUGCUGCUCAACGACAUGAUUGGACGGAAGCUGAGCAUCAUGAUGUCAGCGGUGCCGUCGACUAUUGGAUACCUGCUGAUGGGAGGAGCAGUGAACUUGUGGAUGCUCCAUGUGGGCCGUUUCCUUACUGGUGUUGCCGGUGGGAUGACUGCAGCAUCCAUUCCUGUUUACAUCUCAGAAAUCUCCCACAAAGGAGUGAGAGGAGUUCUGGGCUCCUGCCCCCAAAUCACUGCUGUGUUUGGGACCCUAGCUCUCUAUGCUCUGAGUCUGGUGGUACCGUGGCGGUGGCUGGCAGUUGCCGGGGAGAUACCAGCUGUGCUGAUGGUCGUGUUGCUGGUGUUCAUGCCCUCCUCUCCCAGGAGGCUGCUCUCCUUGGGCCGAGAGGAAAAGGCUGCGAAAGUCCUCCGCUGGCUGAGGGGAAGUCACUACGACACACACAUCGAGCUCAGUGCCAUACAACGCAGCAUCAGCACACAGGGUAGAGUCACAUUGUCCCAGCUUGGCACGCCCGUCUACUACCGGCCAAUCCUCAUCUCAGUGGUGAUGCGUUUCCUGCAGCAGAUGACGGGAAUCACGCCGAUUCUGGUCUACCUGGAGUCCAUCUUUAUCCAGAGCAAAGUCUCCCUGCCGCCCAGUUGGGACGCUGCUUUGGUGGGUGUGGUCCGCCUCUUUUCUGUUGUCACGGCAGCAUUUUUGAUGGACAAGGCCGGACGCAAAGCCCUGCUGUACACAUCAAGCAUGCUGAUGUUCCUGUCCUCUCUGACUCUGACCAUUAUCUCCCACACCACACCUUGCCCUCCACUCCCCACUCCUCCAACUUUUUCUUUGGGUUUGGGCAACAGCACCCACCAUGACAUCGCAGAUGUUUUGGAGGCCAGCCACCAAGGUUCAGCAGGCAUCCUUCCACUAAUUAGCACCAUGGUGUUUAUAUUUGGAUAUGCUUUGGGAUGGGGCCCAAUCACGUGGUUGCUGAUGUCAGAGGUGUUGCCGCUCGUUGCCCGGGGCGUGGCUUCGGGUCUGUGUGUCACUAUCAGCUGGUUGACAGCCUUCAUGCUCACACAUGCCUUCACACACCUGGUGGACAGUUAUGGCCUAUAUGUGCCGUACCUGUGCUUCACGGUGGUGUGUGUCAUCUGCCUGCUGUUCAACGCUGUGUGCAUCCCAGAGACUCGCAGCCGCUCACUGGAGGAAAUAGAGAAUUACUUCAGGACCGGCCGUACGUUCACCAUCAGACGGAGUCAUUCUACUGUACAGCCCACCUGAAGCUCACAGAUUUCUUUGAUUAAAAAAAUUCUGAUUCAAACUAUGUAUAGCUCUAAAGCAGGACUACUGGGAGGGAUAUUUGUUUUCCCAAUUAAAAUGUAACAAUCAACAAUAAGCCUAUAGAGGGUGCAAGUUUCACAAAGUGUAAAACCCUCUGAGAAAAGGUCAAAGGCCACUGCGGCUGAGCCCAGCAGACUAACUGUUACCAUUAUGUCUAGAAGCAGGGUAAUGUUUUUACAUCCAAGUAAUGAUCUUGUUACAAUAAUACCAUUGUUAAAUGUAAAUGUAUGUUUAUACUAAUUAAAUGAGGCUGAUAUAAUCAA